AUGGACAACCCGUCAAGAAGGUCUGCGCUAAUUAUCGAGAAUAUUAAGUUUGCGAGUUAUAGAGUUCCAGAUGUCAUUCCUGGAGUUAAUGGAUCGUCUGAGACUGUAUCGUAUAAAGAUGUGUAUGGGAUGAUGGUGGAUGUUGAAGUUGGAACACCGCCGCAAAAAGUGACGCUUAGAUUAUCCGGAGGGUCAUCGACUUGGAUUCCUCGGGAUAUAAACUUUGGAGCACCGGAUGGGUUUAAUACCUCACAGAGAUGUCGGAGGGUUUGUUCGUUGAUUGAGUCAUAUGGGGGAUACAUCCAGAACCGCUCGGUAACAUGGGGAAAAGUCCCCAAGCUUCUAAACCCCGAAAAACACGUUUCACUCAGUCACGCGAUAGACUCUUACGAAGGACGUUAUCUUUCCGAUACAUUAUUUUGGGGCGACCCGGCGAAAGAAUUACCUUCUCAAGCGGAAUUUCAUACGAUUGAUGAUUUUGUAUUUCUUGCGGCGGAUGAGUUUAAUGGUACGGGAGAAUUGGGGUUGGGAUUGUUGGAUUUUACGGGAGAGCUUGAUGGGUUCGGUGGGAAGGAGUUUCUGAGAAGGAUUGUUGAGAGAAAGAUUUAUCAGAGGUAUUCGGUGUCUAUGGCGGUUAUGGGGUUUUCGGUUUAUUAUGAUGCUUAUGAUAUCAAUUCGAGCGAGAUCACAUUCUCAACCAUUGAUAUCAGCAAAUAUCAACUUCCAAUGGUCACCUACGACUGGCCGUCCCAGAGACUCGUCACCGGCGGCGGGAUUAUGACUGCCUCCGUCGGGUUCUCGAUGAACGGAACACUUAAGACCAUUCUAAACAACCAACCGACGAUAAUAUCAAUAGGUCAACCGACAAUAGGACUCCCCGCACAGCUCCUAAACACGAUUUUAAAAGGUGUUAAUGCGGUUGAAAGCAAAGUAAAAGAUGGAUUAUGGAGUAUCGACUGUGGGAAAAUUAAGGAUAUGGAUUUAUCCCUUGAUAUCCAGUUUGAAGGGUUGAAUAUUACGUUGACGGCAGAGGAUUUUAUGGUGAAAGUACCAAAACCUUCGAACGUCCUUCAAGAAGAAGGAGGAGAAGAAGAACGAAAAGACGAGGAUUGUAGAAUCUUCCUCGAGAGUUCGGAACAAAACAAUGAUUAUGGGGUAGCAACGAUAUACCUCGGAAUCCCGUUUUUAAGAAAAGCAUACGUCUGGAUGGACUACCAAAACAACCAAACCAGUAUUGCGAAGUCAAAACAACGAGUAACGAAUAGUACGCUCGUAUCGAUCGGUCCCGGUGGGAUAUUUUCUAGCUUUGAUGAUCAAAAAGAUGGUGAACCGGAUGAUGAGAUAAGACCGAUCCCGGGGGUUUCUGAUUCUGAUUUUGGAAGAAGGAUUUAUGAUUAUAUAUAUGAAAGACCGGGUCUGGCGAUGAUUGUUGGGACUACUAUCGCUGGAGCGGCGGUUUUGACGGCGGUGGGGGUUUUGGUUUUGGUACUAUUGAGGGGUGGUCGAGCUGAGAUACCGCAGUUGCCACCGGUGCCGGAGUUGGAAGGGGCUGAGAGGUGUGAAUUGAAUGCGGAUCAUGGGUGGUCGGAGGUUCCGGGGAGCGAGGGGGGGAAGCCUCGGAGCUCGAAUGAUGGGGAAGUGGUGGAUUAG